AUGGAAGCCAUAACACUCGGCCCUCGUAACCUGCUCGAGUACAAUCCGACAUAUCGAGUCCUGAUCUGUCGAGAAUGUCAGUACGCGAUCCAGAAAACCGCAGUUCAAAGUCACUUACUUCGACACAAGAUCUACCGCGAUGACAGGACACGCUUGCUUCGCUCCAUUGCUCAACUUGAUCUGUUUGAACCACAUCGCGUGCCGCUGCCUGAGCCCUCUUCUCCGCCCAUUGAUGGGUUACCGGUCAUUUCUGGCUUCCGCUGUGACAUGGCUGGGUGUGGGAACUUGUGUGCCAGCUUGAAGAGGAUGAGACGCCAUCUUAGUGAAGUUCAUGGACUCAGCAAAGCUAGCGAUGCCUCGUUUGCUUCGCCAGCCAAGAUCCAAACGUUCUUCAGAGGAACAAAGCUUAGAUACUUUGAGGUUAAGCCUACGGCUGCUGCCACAAGUACAACUUCGGCAGACUUGGCGGACGUAACUACAAUUGAUGCCGUUAUAGCUCAGGACGAUGCCGACGGGAGACUGGAUGAGCAGCGUGGCACUCAACUUGAAGUUCCUGCCCGAGAUGUAUCAAUGCCAUCGUCAGCUCCAGUACCAGUAUCUCAAUUGACCCGAUCAGAAGGGCCGUCCAAUCUGGACAUGGAAGUUCUAACAUACUUCUACCACUUUACUUCUCAGACAAGUCUCACACUACCGUCUCCAAAAAGCUCACAACCUACAAGCCACUACUGGGCUACGGAUGUCACACAAUCAGCACUUCAACGGCAGUGGUUAAUGCACGGCCUCUUAGGCAUGAGCGCAUGUCAUUUGGCUACACUGGAAAAAGAUCCAAUACAACGAAAAUCUCACUAUGAGCGAGCUACGCGAUUUUCGACACAGUUCUCCUCUGAAUGGGAUGAGGUCCGACGAACGGAUUCCGUUGUCAUGAGGUCGGGUCCGGAGGAGGUCGCUUGGAAUGCUGCGAGGCACGUAAAGUGCUAUUUACGCUGUGCCCUGUCAUGUGUAAACGGCAAAAUGGUCACCAUGGACGAAAUUAGAACGGAUUCCCAUUCUACUUUACUUGUAUCUUCUUUUGUGGCUACUCUUCGAGACUCUUUCGACCUCGACAUGGCGCAUUCACUUGGUUGGCAUGACGGUGACGUCCAUCCAGCACAAACAAAUGGCCAACUCGAUAAAAUAUCGGAAACCGAAAGAACUUUCGAUGACAAAAAUACAAGCCCAUCGUCUUAUGCUAACACUGAUAAACAAGCUCAAACGGUCGCUCUUCUCAAGUCACUGCCCUACCGCAUGGCUGACGUAUUCGGAAAGCCGGAUGAUGCUCGGGAUGUUUUGGCGACAUUGUCUGCGGUUUCCGUCCUGGUUGAGUGCUGUGAGAUGAGCUUUGCAUCUGACGAUAGCACGGACGCAUGGCUGGGUAUGGCAGUCUGGGUAGCUAAGCUGCCGAGUCAUUUCGUCGAUAUGACUUCACAUGGUAGCCCAACCGCGCUUGUGGUUUUGGCGCAUUGGGCUGCGUCCGUUGCCUACCGAGCUGAGGAAUACGGCUGUUGGUUUCUUAGUGGUCUGGCUCGCAGGGUAGUGGAAGAGAUCGAGCAGCAGCUUGCUACAAUUGGCUCUGCUGUCCAAAGACUUGUGGCCGAUUUGGUGCCGCUGAUGACAGUAACUAACGAAUAA